ACUUGACAAAAAUGGUGGCUCGGUGCUUUGUUCAGUGUUCACGUUUAAGAAAUGGGUGUGAAGUUCUUCUGAUUAAUAUGAUUUUGUGUUGAGAAUUUAGUUACAAACUGAAUGUAGCAAUUUUAUAUGAUUGAACAAAAGUGAUAUGUUUACAAAAUAUUGCCUGUUUUCUUAACAGAAAUGUUUGGCGUGUGAACACGCCUCUGGCUUUUAAAUAGAAGUAACAAGUAAUUUCAGUAAAAUGUGUGGUCAACCUCUUGAUUGUCCAGUUUGUUGGAAUAAAAGUUUUAGUUCUAAACAAACUCUCCUCUACCAUCUAACGAAUGCUUUAGAAAAUACAUAUUGUCCCGUUUGUGUAUGCAAAUGCACCUCAUUAGCUCAGCUUGUAGAGCAUCUAUCUCAGGACAAAUGCCAGCCAGAUAAUAAUGAACACAAAUUUGAACAGAGAGAUAAUGACAAUACUAAUAAUCAAACUACAGUCAUAGAAAAUUCUGAAAUUAGAGUUCUUGAGAGAGAUGUCAGUGAUAAUGAUAAUUUUGAUACUGCAAAUGUUCAAGAGAUUCCAGCAGAAAGCAAUGAGGAUAACAAAAUGUAUGUGGAUCUGUUUGGUAAACCAAUUAAACCAUGCCUUCAAACUGGGGAACUGAGGUUGGUGAAGGAAAAUGGAGAAAGUCGAUACAUGAUCAUCACACCGGAUUCAGGCUUAAGUGCUGAAAGCACUGUUGUUACUAAACGAAAUGAUGAUGGCACUAUAUCUCUAACCACUAUUAAAGAUAUGAAAAUAGAAUCAGAGUCAUCAAUAGCAACAGACGCAAUACUGGAAGACAAUCAGGAAGAGAUCUACAGCUGUAACACUUGCAAGGUGUCCUUCACGUCUGUCAUAGACCACAUACAAAACUAUCAUAAUGAUCAGGAUGUUGUUGUAGAGGAGCCUAUAGAAGAUCAUCAAAACAACACGGUUCCCAUAGAAUUUGAGCCUACAGACCAAGACGAGUCAACGUUGUUGUCUGACAAGCAUGUCCCUCGUCGAGUAAUCACCGAUACCGGUGAUAUUGUGGAGGAACCACUUGAAUUCAAAACGGAUUCUCAAUUCAUAACACCAGAUCAGGUGUCAGAUCAAAUGGAGACCAUAAAAAUGGAGAAAAAGGGAAAGCGGUUCAUCACGAAGCGAGUCAUGCAGGUGGACAAAAUAUGCGACAGCGUCAUCAAAGAUGCCAUGAAAACUGAUGGAAAAGAUAAAAGCGGUCCGUAUCACAAAGUUAUCGUUAGAGAAGUACCAACGGAGAGUGGGUUUGCAAUCAAAAUGUAUCAAUGCUUAGCCUGUGAUAUAUCUGUCACGAAUUUAGAAGAGUUCAAAGUCCAUCCCUGUAAAGUAUUGAAAUAUCCUUGCCUGUAUUGUCCCGUGGCGUAUGAAAAUUCAAAAUCACUGUGUGCGCAUAUGAAAGUACACAAAAUGAAAUCAGGUAAUGUACCUACUGAACCUGUUGUAUAUGAAUGUGAUAUUUGCAAUACCGUAUUCCCAACCAACAAGUCUUUGAAACUACACAAACGGAUGCACGAUCCUGUUAAAUCUCGUCCCAUAGAGUUUCCAGUGGAGAACACAGACGGUUCACAAGUUAGCGACCGCCAAUACAUAUGUCCGAUAUGCGACAAAGUAUUUCCCAUGGACUACAAACACAUACACCAGAAUUCACACAAGUCUUCCGCUAAAAUAAACUGUGGAAUCUGUAACAAGAAGUUCACUUCUACAGAGUAUCUCGAAAUGCACGCUAAUAUACAUAAUAUUGAUAAGGCACCAGUGAACAAACAGGAUAAGAACUUACCAUACAACUGUAUAUAUUGUAACCGAAGGUUUGCUAGGCCUCACGAAAAAGUUAAACACGAAAGGAUACAUACAGGAGAGAAGCCGCACUCGUGCGAGAUCUGCGGCAAGUCGUUCCGCGUGUCGUACUGCCUCACGCUGCACAUGCGGACCCACACCGGCGCCCGCCCCUACGCCUGCCAGCAGUGCGGGAAGAGGUUCAAAGCACACAGCGUGUACAACCAUCAUAUGCUGACUCACUCAGAGGUACGCGCCUACAAGUGUCCCUACUGCCCCAAAGCGUUCAAGACGUCGGUACAACUGGCCGGACACAGGAACUCUCAUACCAAACCGUUUCAGUGCCAACAUUGUAAUAGGCCAUUCGCGUCCUUGUACGCGGUGCGAGUGCACACAGAGACGCACGCGCGACAGAACAAUUUGAAGUUCUCGUGCGAGCUGUGCGGCGCCAGCUACGCGCGGGCCUUCGCCCUCAAGGACCACAUGAAGCAGGCGCACAAGCAGGAGCCGCCGCCCUCGCCUACGCAAACCAUUCCUACGGAAGAAGAUUGGAGUACCGCCGAUACAGAUCCACUUAACAAAGAUUUGACGCAUGAAAUCGACCUGGGUAUUAGUUCCAACGAGAUGAUUGUUCCUUAAAUCUCCGUUAUAAUGUGGAUAGACUGUAAAUAACUAGUUUGAGUUUCAAAAUAUUCUAGAUUUGUGGUGUUAUUGUGUUUCAUCUAUUUUUGACGAAUUUCUAUUGAAAGAAUACGAAAAUUAUAGCAAUCACAUGCCCUAUUUAUGUACCAUGUGACUUUAAUGAAUUGCUAGAAAACAGAAAAAAAACGCUUCAAGUACAAAGGAUGUGUUUGAAAACUACUUUGUAGUCAAGCUAGAACUAAAUCAAAAUCAAAAGUCAUUUAUUCAAAUUAAGCUGCAAGACAGCACUUUCCGAACGUCAGAAAUCUACAAAAGACAGCCCCCAAAACGCCCAACCUUCACCACUUCCUAUGUGUUUUUGCUGGGAAGAAGAAGUGGCGCAACAAACUCCCCAGCAACCUUAGUUAAUGUUGCUACUGUAAUUUUGCUAUAAUGUGGCAAUAACGGGAGGUGGCGCAUUUACUCCAAUUAACUUCGAAUUCAAUUUACAAAGUAACAGCAAAAGUUCCUUUGAGAAGCCUUAGAUACAAUGAGGUUAUUAAAUAUGUUAAUAUUUAAGCAAAUUUUCAGCAAAAAUAGCAGAAAAACAAUGACACUUCAGGUGCUUGUAGAGUGUAAUGAAUCAUCUAAGUCGUGAUUUAUUCAGCUAGUUUGUAUUGUGAAACGGUGUUUAUUUGGAUCAUUGUUUUUUUUAAAUUUGAUUAGACCUGACUUGGUCUACAGUUUCAGAAAUUGUAUAGAAGUGUCGGCUUUUAAAGAAGAUUAAACUAAUCUUUACACUUUCAGGACUUAUAACUGCUUUGAAUAUCAAAUAACCAAUAAAAAAAUGACCCCCAGUAAAAAAAAAAGUAAUAGGCCAUAGAUUAUGCUCAUAAUCUCUAUUAAAAAAAAUGCAAUGGUCCAGAUAUUCACUCUAAAAUGCAGUAAUGUCAAAGCAUUUCGUGAUACAUAAUGCAAUAAUAACAUAGAGUAAUUAUAGCGAUCAGAGUUUCAAAAAUAUAAUUCCCUGUACAAAUAAAGCGGUUUUUCCAUUGUAUAGAAAACUUUUUUCCAUCUAUCUGGUAGCUUUACUGACCAACGAAUGUUAUGAAAUUCUUUCAUUAGGUUUAAUGGACUUAGACUGUAGGUUUUUGAAUAGUUGACCUCAUAUUAGACUACCUUAAUAUAAAAAAGCCAUUUUAACAAUAUGAUCUUUAUCUAAUAUUUAAAAUAUCUUCUUAAAAGCAAUUCUCAAAUAUUUCUUCAUAAAAUAUUCUGCCAAUUAUAAUUCCUAAUGAUACCAAUAAUAUCCAACUUUUCUACCUUUUUCUUAAGUUUCUUUUUUAUGUAAAUAUAUGUGUGUAAAUAAAUAAUUGUGACAAUAUUGUAUGAGUUGUGAAGUUGUCAGAAAUGCGCACAAUUAUUAUAUUAUUUAAAUGAUGUUCAGUGCGUGUUAAAACAAAUAUUUUGUAUGAAUAUUAAAGAACCAUGAAGUGUAUUUGUAUUUAAUUUUGUAACAGGAGUGGAAGUAUAAAGUUAUCAAAAAAAUCUGUCAAUGUAGAUAAAGCAGUUAAAAUGUAAAACCCUAGUACUCUUCGUACGGUAUAUAUAAAAUGAAAAUGCGAUAUUAUUUUUAAUAUAAUCAUUUUUAUUGGAAGUAUAAUCAACAGUAGGUAAAGAUGUCCUACGUAAUACUAGAAAUGGCACAUUGUUAUUCAAAUUUUUGGUAUACAGCUGUAUGUUUUGUUGCCUCUACAUUUAUGUAUUUAUAAUCAAAUAAAUCUUUAAUACUA